AGAAAGAAAUGCAUCAAAAUUGACAAGUUAGACCAAAACCCUUCUUCGGUUCACGCUAACAACCCCCAAAUUUCCUCCCUUUCUUGUUAUCUAAAAAAAUCAAAAAUAUUUUGCAACCCAUCGUUGCCUCUUUCAAUAAUUCUAAACUCGAGCAAUAAAAGCUCAAAUAACUAACUGACUUGAGAUCCAUAUCCACUAGCUCUUGUCUGAAUUGGUAAAACAAGAAAGACAAGAACAAGAAGAAAAAGAAGAAGAAAGAGAAGGCUCAUGAAAUGGGUCUUUGUAUUUCAUUUUUCUCCUCUUCCUCUCCUUCCACAACAGGUCUCCAUAGUCAUGCCACAACGAACAACCACAGCAAUGGAACAGACUUCUCGUCGUCAACGACCACCACGGGCGCGACAACAAGCAGCAGCGUCGGACAACGGAGCCAAUUCUCCGAAGUGGGGAGCGAUAUUUCCGGUAGGAUUAUAAGUGAUUCCGGUAAACUACUGGAAUCGCCAAAUCUCAAAGUCUAUAGCUUUCUGGAUCUAAAAACGGCGACGAAGAAUUUCAAACCGGAUUCGAUGUUGGGUCAAGGAGGAUUCGGGAAAGUAUACAGAGGUUGGGUCGAUGCCACGACUCUUGCUCCUUCCAGAGUCGGUUCUGGUAUGAUCGUAGCCAUCAAGAGAUUGAAUUCAGAGAGUGUUCAAGGAUUUGCAGAGUGGCGUUCAGAAGUUAACUUCUUGGGAAUGCUUUCACACCAAAAUCUGGUGAAGUUAUUGGGAUACUGUCGUGAAGACAAAGAGCUUCUCCUUGUCUAUGAGUUCAUGCCCAAAGGAAGUCUUGAGAGUCAUCUUUUUAGACGAAACGAUCCUUUUCCUUGGGACUUAAGGAUCAAGAUUGUGAUCGGUGCAGCUCGUGGGCUUGCGUUUCUACACAGCUUACAAAGAGAAGUCAUCUAUAGAGACUUCAAAGCUUCCAAUAUACUUCUUGAUUCGAACUAUGAAGCAAAGCUUUCAGAUUUCGGGCUAGCAAAGCUAGGACCAGCAGACGAGAAGUCACACGUUACGACUAGGAUCAUGGGCACAUAUGGUUAUGCUGCUCCUGAAUAUAUGGCAACAGGCCAUUUAUACGUUAAGAGUGACGUAUUCGCCUUUGGUGUGGUUUUACUAGAAAUAAUGACCGGACAGACGGCGCACAACACAAAACGGCCCAGAGGGCAAGAGAGUCUUGUCGAUUGGUUAAGACCAGAACUCUCAAGCAAACACAGAGUGAAACAAAUAAUGGACAAAGGAAUCAAAGGUCAAUACACAACACAAGUCGCGACCGAAUUGGCACGCAUUACAUUUUCUUGUAUCGAGCCAGACCCGAAAAACCGACCACACAUGAAGGAAGUAGUCGACGUCCUCGAGCACAUCCAACGGCUUAAUGUUGUCCCUAACCGUUCUUCCACUAAACAGGCCGUUUCUAGCUCUUCACGUUCUUCGCCACAUCACUAUCACUAUAGAGCUGGCGGAAUUGGGGCUGAACGCAAGAGAGCAACGGCUGGACGGUUUGGAGUAGAAAAAUAAAUGGUUGCUUGAUAUUUGUUUUUCCGGCGGUAUGAAAUUGAUUUUAGAGUCCCUUUUAUUAAAUUUUGUUUGAAUGAAAUCUUGAAGGGUUUUGUGUAUAAUACUGUUCCUUUUGUAUGGUUUACUACGUACACGGUACACUUCUAGAUAAAUAUUAUCUUUCUAUAUUAAAAAAAUGUUCAUGGUUA